CUCUCUCUCUCUCUCUCUCUCUCUCUCUCCAAACUCUUGUUCUCUCUCUCAAUAAGUCUAAAUUCCCCACUAGAAUUAUUUGAUAUAUAGUUGAGUGCACAAUUGUGGUGGAGAAACAAAAAAACAAUCACUUUGUUUCUUCUUACAAGAUUUGUGUUUCUUCAAAGCUAUAUAUAUAUAUAUCUUCUUUUUCAUACCAAAAAAAUAUAUAAACUUUUUGUUAUUAUUGUAAGAAGAUUGAAGAAAGCAAAAGAGGGUGUGUGUUUUUUUUUAUACUCAAGUUUUUUUUAUAAUGGUUUUCAUGUCUGAGAUUUUGAGCAUAAAAGAAGAAAAAAUUGAAGAAGAAGGUGAGUGGGAGAAAGAACGAUAAGAAACAGAAGCAUAUAUACCCAGCAAGCAGAAGUUGAGAAAGAUUCAUAAUCCAAUUUCAUAUUGUUUUUCAUCUGCUUCUGCUGGGUGAUUGAAAUUUGAAAAUGACUACAACAAUGAUAAGUGAUCCAAUGAUUAUAUCAACACAAGAAACUCAAUCAUCAACAAGCACACUAGUCUCACAAAAUGAAGUUGAAUUUGCAAUAUGUGAAUGUUGUGGACUAACAGAAGAGUGCACACCAGCAUACAUAGAAAGAAUCAGAGAAAGGUAUCAAGGAAAAUGGGUUUGUGGAUUAUGUGGAGAAGCUGUUAAAGAUGAAAUUUUAAGGUCAGAAAGACUUGUAAGUACAGAAGAAGCCAUGAUAAAACAUAUGAAUUUUUGCAAAAAAUUCAAUACUUCUGGCCCUCCUCCAAAUCCAGCAGUUCAUUUGAUAUCAGCUAUGAGACAGAUUCUUAGAAGGAGUUUGGUUAGGUCUACACCAAGUAGUCCAAUUAAUAAGACUAGUAGAGAAAUUCAUGGUUCUGGACUUGCUAGGUCUGAAAGCUGCUUCUCUUCUCUCUCUGGGUCUUGAAGGUAUAAGCUGGCAAUCUAUGAAGCACUGACACAUAUAUACACGUCCGAGCACAGACAUGUUGACAUUGGUAAUUAUUUGAGAAAAUUGAAUAUAACUGCAUGUGUCGACGUGUCGUGUAGGUGUUGGAUACCAGACAUGACUUCAAUCAGAAGUGUCGGUGCUACAUAGCUGGGAACAGAACAUGAUGCUACAGAUGGAAUGUACUGUAUUUGGCUGGCUAAAAAUGGAAAAGAAAUAAAGACAGAGAAAUCUUUAGCUUCAAGUUAGAGUUUUUCAAUUGUAGUUAUGCAUUACAAAACUUUUAAUCUGUUGUUAGAAGAAGUUUGAUUUGAACACAAUUUGCUCAAACUUUUUGCUUCUUUGUUACUUUCUUUUUUUUCCUAUUACAUUCAAUUGUUAGAAAAAUGAUUGAAUAAUUGAAGACAAUAAUUUUUUCA